CAUUUAUUUCAUCUUCACUUUUCGUAGAGUCGCUCUGGCACAACAUCAGUCAAACGAAAUCCAACUGAUAUGCACAUUUGUUCUUCAUUGCGACUGUGGACACUGAAUCUCUCAAAUUACCUCUUUAUAAUAAUACUUUUGAAAUACAAGAUGAACAUGAAACAUUACAUAUGUUUCACUUGUAUAAUCGUGCAUCUGGUGGGAAAAUAAAUGUGGAUAAAACAGAAUUAUUUUGGAUAAGCGAUUGGCUUGAUCCACGACAUUUUCAAGCGCGUAUAAAUAGAGAUUCGUGUAUAUUUCUUGGUGUACCAUUAGAUAAUAAUGGUCGUAUACCAGAAAAUGAACUAAUAAAAUUAGUUACAUCAAUCAAACAGCACAUAGGCAUGUGUCUAAGACCAAUCAUAAAUAUCAACACAUUAGUUGGUAAACGAAUUGGUGGUGGACUAGCAUUACCACAUGUUAAAACGAUGAUAGAGUCCUACCGUAUUUCUUUUGGACUUCGUUUACUAUCCGGUGUUAGUGUUAAAUGGAAGUUUUUUGCAUUACAAUCAAUGGCUUUUAAAUUAAGGAUAUAUGAUCCUAGUUUAUGGUCUAAUUUGAUUCCUCAUAAUAAUGUUGGCGAUACUCUGUUCCAUGAAUCAGCUGAAGCAACACGAAAAUGGUUAGCUAACGGUAAACCAAUGGCGCUUCCGGUUCGCGGUAGAGAUCCGAGUAUAUAUUGGCAUUUGAUUUAUGAUAACUCAUUUCAAUUACCAAUAAGUUAUCUAAAGAUGCCUGUGUUAUUGACACAUCGUUUUUAUAAGUUUUUAAUUAAGCUUAAUUUAUCAACAAGAGUUUUCGAUGUUUGGUAUCGUUCAGCUAAUUAUGGUCUGAUAACAAGAUCAUUGUGGGGUAAGACUCCGAUUGAUAAAAGAUGUGUAUUUUGUAAGGAAGAGGAAUCACGUACUCAUUUAUGGACUAAAUGUCCUUUCUUCGAACCAGUGUUCGUCUCUCUGUUGAAUUGUGUUUGUGCUACAGUUGGUGAUAUUAAUGUUCAGCGUAAUGAACAAACAAUUAUAUAUCUUCUAAACAUCGAUGGACGCUUAACUCCACCACAUCUGAUGAACUUGGCACGACUCUUUGGAGUGUACAUUCAGGUCGUGUGGGCCUAUAGAAAUACAGUCAUUUUUAAACAUAUAACUAAAGAUAUUUCUACUCCUUUAUCUUGGUUAACAAAAUCCAUCACUCUAUUGUAUUUUGACAAUCACGUUUGAACAGACUAGUCAGGCUAUAUUUCUCUUUAUACUAUAUCUUCAACUCAUAUGUGUGCCUAAUGCGCUUGUCUAUUUUAGAAUCUAUCAAAGUUUAUUUUUUAUGUUUUAGUUUUGAAUUUGCAAUUCAUUCGCUUAUCCAUUUCCGUAUCUACAAAAUGGUCACUGUAUUUCGACAUUUCUAUCCAGAAUUAUUUAUAGAUGUUACUUCUUUCAGAUAUUUGGGCCAUACGUGCUCUUCAACUCAAUUUUAAUUUCGUUUUGUACUUUAAAUGUUCAAUUUAAAAACCUCUUAUUUCUAUAAAUGUAUCAUACAUCAAAAAUGUUCUCUUAUAUUUUUAAUUUGUAAUACCUCCGUUUUUACUUUUAACGUUCAAUUUGAACACAUAUUUUCUGUUUUUUCUUUUAUAUCAUAUAAUGUUCUCUUUUAUUUUUAAGUUUUUAAUUUGUAAUAGAAUAAUUAAAGUACUACGCAACGUCUAUUCAUAACCUUACCUGUUCCAGAUAACUGCACUCCAUUUUAUUUUGUUUUAUAUUUUUAUUAUACUACUUCACAACUCAUUUAUUUUAAAAAUAAACAUUUGGAAAAAAAAGAGGCCUCGUGCCAAAACUCACAGCCGCAGUGACGAGUCAGAUGCGCGCGAACUAAAAGAUUGUUCUUCUAGUUUGUAUGCCAGAUCGGCAGUCUUUACGCAUUUUUGGAAACGUAUGCAUUAUCCAUUUAGGUGGAUGUUCCACGUUGUAUAAUUAAAAUCAGCAGUAGAAAGAAAAACCUUCCAAAUUUCAUGAAAACGAUCCAUAAAUGUUUGUUUAGAAAGUACAUUAACAUUACAUAUCCAUCUACCAUAUGAUACGAGAGAUGACAUAUUAAGUAUAAUUUUUACACUAUCAUGAUCAGAUAGUCCAAUUGGUUCAUACGAGAUGUUCUCUGUAAUAUUUCUUAUAGAUUUUGUACCAAAGAACAUAUCUAUCCUACUAUGAAAGUCGUUUUUUAAUGCAUGAAAAGAAUAAACUGUAGUACGAGGAUGUUUAGAACAGUAUAGUUCAUAUAAUUGUAGAGGAGUGAUUACUUCGUGUAAUAAAAUCGGAAAAGAUUUAUUAUCGGUAUAAGUACCUGCAUUAUGUCUGUCACGUACAGAGUCAGAUACACAAUUAAAGUCACCA